CACAAUAUUGAGAAUAGUUGGGCUUUAACUAGCAUUUAAAAAAAAAAGAAAAAUCCAUCUCAAGCCCAACCAUCCACCACCUCCCCUCGUUCCCGUAGCUGUCUCCUCCGUCGCGUUGCAUUCGUCCGUACGCCGCCGCCGCCGCCGCCGCCGCCGCCUGACUUGCACCGCCGACAGUGCAUCAGUCCAGAUCGAGCCUCCCUCUUCCCAGAUCGGGUCCUAGGCUACAGCCGCCGCCGCCGCCGCCGCAUCCGUCGCCUUCACUCCGCGUGUGCGCUCCCUCCCCCCCUGUCUGCGACGACUAGGUGGGCUACCGCCGCCGCCGCCCUACGCAAGGUGCCGAGACCUUCUCCGAUCUCUUCUCCGGCGAAGAGCGCCCGCCAGACAGACACUGAGAGAGCGCGCUGGCCGGUGGAUGACGAUGGCGGGCGGCGGGGGACUGAACCGGUCUUCAUCGAGGGGGCAGCUGCCGCCACAAGAGCUGCUUGACGAUCUCUGCAGCCGGUUCCUUCUGAAUGUGCCCAAGGAGGAGCUGGAGUCGUUCGAGCGGAUCCUGUUCCUGCUGGAGCAGGCGCACUGGUUCUACGAGGACAACUCCGUCGAGCACAAUCCCAACCUCAAGUCCCUCUCCUUCAAGGACUUCACCUCCCUCAUGUUCAAGAGCUGCACUGCUCUCAGGCCCUACAUCGCUCACCUGGAUGAUAUCUACAAGGACUUCAACAACUACAAGUUCCGUGUCCCCGUGUCUGGCGCCAUCAUCCUAGAUGACACUUAUGAGAGAUGCUUGCUUGUUAAGGGAUGGAAGGCUGGGGCCAGCUGGAGCUUUCCUCGUGGAAAGAGGAAUAAAGACGAGGAAGAUCACACAUGUGCCAUUAGAGAAGUUCUAGAGGAAACUGGGUGUGAUGUUUCUACAUUUUUAAAUUUGGAUGAUUGCAUUGAAGUUUCAAUUGGACAACAAAGGGUUCGGCUCUACAUCAUAACAGGGGUUAAAAGAGAUACUGUGUUUGCACCUCAAACCAAGAAGGAAAUCAGUGAAAUCUCAUGGCACAGAAUUGAUGACCUCUUACCAGCUAGUGAUGACGCAGUAUCUCGGGCAGUGAAUGGAAUGAAGCUGUACAUGGUUGCUCCAUUUUUGACUGGUCUUAAGGCUUGGAUUGCCACACAUCCUCCACCACUGCAUCAGAAACCAGAGGCAUCUGCUAGAGGUACUGUGUGGAAGGCGAAGAAUUCAAGUGGCAGUACCCCAGUGGAGAACCCUGUUGCUAAAGCAGGAUCUGACGUGCAGGCACAUCAUGUUCACAACCGCCCCGGUCGCAGCUUCAGAAACUUCAGGUUUGACACGGCAAGCAUCCUGCAGUCCAUGGAGGCUUCCUUCCUACGCACCUAGGAUCCUGACGAAGCAUGAUGAACCCUGCAUCCUUGAUGUGUAUAGACUGAGGACCAGCGCUUUCGUUGUUUUCAAUCUGUCUUUGUUUCGUCUCUCACUCGUCCGUUGUACCUGUAAUCUUCCACAGCAAUAGAAGUUUCCGUCUUGCAUGUGGAGUGUGGUAUAUAUGUGUGGCGUCCUGCCAGACGCUUGAAUCUGAUUUUUCUGCUGCCCGGUUUCGUGGUGGUUGUCCAUAAAGUUCUUUGGAAAGUCUGGAACAGGCCCAGUUGCUAUCUUCGUGCUGAUGGCUUGGAUCAGCUCAACCCAUUGUGCCGUUGGAGACUUGGAGCCACGACCCUGCUGUGUUCUUCUACAUCUACAAAUUAUAAUACUCAAGUUGUGUGCUCGCAGUUGAUACGGAAAGGUUAAAGCUGCAAGAUGUGUAUUGUUUAA